AUGAGUGCUCCAGGGAUCACAGAAAAAGUUGAAAAACUUGAUAUUUCCUCUAACAAUACUACAAAUGCGGCCUCUGCCCCUGCUGCUGAACAAAAAGUCACUCCAUGGGAAGUUGAAGGUGCAGUCGUUGAUGGUGAAAGUCAAGGAAUUGACUACCAGAAAUUAAUUCAACAGUUUGGUACUAGAGCUAUCUCUCAGGAGACUCUUGAUCGUUUCACUGCAGUGACAGGUCAUGAACCACAUUUUUUCCUUAAAAAGGGUAUUUUUUUCAGUGAAAGAGACUUCGGGAAGAUUUUAGAUCUCUACGAACAUGGUGAACCUUUUUUCCUUUACACCGGCCGUGGUCCAUCUAAUGUGUUGCAUUUGGGGCAUAUGGUACCGUUCUUAUUCACCAAAUGGUUACAAGAAGUAUUCGAUGCUCCAUUGGUGAUUGAAUUGACCGACGAUGAAAAAUUUUUGUUCAAGCCAAACCUUACAAUUGCAGAUGUCAGGAAAUUUGCCCGUGAAAACGCAAGAGAUAUCGCUUCUUUAGGGUUCAAGCCUGAAAGAACUUUCAUCUUUUCUGAUUUAGAUUACAUGGGGGGAGCCUUCUACGAAAACGUGGUGAAAACCAGUAGACAAAUUACCACCUCCACUGCCAGAGCGGUAUUUGGGUUCCAAGACUCAGACUGUAUUGGGAAGGUUCACUUUGCUUCCAUUCAAAUCGCCACUGCUUUUCCAUCGAGUUUCCCAGACGUUUUGGGUUUGCCACCAAAGACCCCAUCUUUGAUUCCUUGUGCCAUUGAUCAAGAUCCUUACUUUAGAGUGUGUCGUGACGUUGCUGGGAAAUUGAAGUACGCUAAGCCAUCUCUUAUCCAUUCCAAGUUUUUCCCAGCCUUGCAAGGUCCAAGCACAAAGAUGAGUGCUUCUGAUGAUACCAGUGCGAUUUUUAUGACAGAUACACCUAAGCAAGUGACCAAAAAAAUCAACAAGUAUGCUUUCAGUGGUGGUAAGAGCACUAUCGAGGAACAUCGUAAGUUGGGUGGUAAUCCAGAAGUUGACGUGGCGUACCAAUACUUGUCAUUUUUCAAGAGUGACGAGGAAUUUCUAGAAAAGAUUGCUGCUGAUUAUAGAAGUGGUGAUUUGUUGAGUGGGGAGAUGAAGAAGUUGUGUAUUGAUGUCUUGGUAGAGUUCGUUAAGAAUUUCCAAGAAAAGAGAGCCAAAAUCACUGACGAGGAGUUGGAUAAGUUCAUGAAGCCUCAUAAGCUUAGCUUUUUCCAACAGGAGAGAUUGGUUCCAAUUAAACCUAGAGAAAAGAAAAACUCUAAGAAAUAA